UUCCCGCCUACUUCUCGCGAUUCUGCAAGAUUCUUCAUCUGCGAUCCUUCUCUAACCAGUCGGAUUGCUUACUUGUAACCACUUCACGCGUGUCGUUUGGUUCUUGUCUCUAGACGUCUGUCUUUUCCGACGUCUUCUUUUCCCGACAAUCGAUACCCUUGCGCCUCUAGGCCUUGUUUGCUCGUCGUUUCGGUCUACCCUUCAGCAACCCCAAUAACAACCGAUCUUCAAUCGUCAACCUUUUCUUAAACAACCAGCAAACAUGUCCGGAUCUUACGGCGGCGGCGGCUACGGUGGCCGCGGUGGCGGUGGUGGUGGUGGAUAUUCUAACGGGUACGAUCGCAAUGGCGGCGGCUACUCUAACAAUCACUCCUCACACGGUGGCUCGAAUGGCUACGGAGGCGGCGGCGGAGGAUAUGGCGGCGGUGGUGGUGGCUACGGAGGCGGCGGCGGCGGUGACAGGAUGUCUGCUCUCGGUGCCGGUUUGCAGAAGCAGAACUGGGACAUGAGCGCUCUUCCCAAGUUCGAGAAGUCCUUCUACCAAGAGCAUCCUAGCGUCGCCAACCGUUCUCCUGCUGAGGUCGACAAGUUCCGCGCAGACCACUCCAUUGCCAUCUUCGGUAACAACGUUCCCAAGCCUGUCGAGACCUUCGACGAGGCUGGUUUCCCUCGUUACGUUAUGGACGAGGUCAAGGCUCAGGGUUUCCCUGCUCCUACCGCCAUUCAGUCGCAGGGCUGGCCCAUGGCUCUUUCUGGUCGCGAUGUCGUCGGUAUUGCCGAGACCGGUUCCGGAAAGACGCUCACCUACUGCCUUCCCGCCAUCGUUCACAUCAACGCUCAACCUCUCCUCGCUCCCGGCGACGGUCCUAUCGUCCUUAUCCUCGCCCCUACCCGCGAGUUGGCUGUCCAGAUUCAGCAAGAAAUCUCCAAGUUCGGCAAGUCGUCCCGCAUUCGCAACACCUGCGUCUACGGUGGUGUCCCCAAGGGUCCCCAGAUUCGCGAUCUUUCCAGGGGAGUCGAGGUCUGUAUCGCCACUCCCGGCCGUUUGAUCGAUAUGCUUGAGUCUGGCAAGACCAACCUCCGUCGUGUCACCUACCUUGUCCUCGACGAGGCUGAUCGCAUGUUGGACAUGGGUUUCGAGCCCCAAAUUCGCAAGAUCAUUGGUCAGAUUCGCCCUGAUCGUCAGACUCUCAUGUGGUCCGCUACCUGGCCCAAGGAGGUCCGCAACUUGGCCGCCGACUUCUUGACCGACUUCAUCCAGGUCAACAUCGGUUCCAUGGAUUUGGCUGCCAACCACCGCAUCACCCAGAUCGUCGAGGUUGUUUCCGAGUCCGAGAAGCGUGAUCGCAUGAUCAAGCAUCUUGAGAAGAUUAUGGAGGGCCGCGAGAACCAGAACAAGAUCCUCAUCUUCACCGGCACCAAGCGUGUCGCUGACGACAUCACCCGCUUCCUCCGCCAGGACGGCUGGCCCGCUCUUUCCAUCCACGGCGACAAGCAACAGAACGAGCGUGACUGGGUUUUGGACCAGUUCAAGACUGGCAAGAGCCCUAUCAUGGUUGCCACCGACGUGGCUUCUCGUGGUAUCGAUGUGCGCAACAUUACUCACGUGCUCAACUAUGACUACCCCAACAACUCCGAGGAUUACAUCCAUCGUAUUGGCCGAACUGGUCGUGCUGGUGCGAAGGGCACUGCCAUUACUUUCUUCACCACUGACAACUCCAAGCAGGCUCGUGAGCUCGUCGGUGUCCUUCAAGAAGCUAAGCAGCAGAUUGACCCUAGACUUGCCGAGAUGGCUCGCUACAGUGGUGGUGGAGGUGGCCGCUUCGGUGGCUAUCGCGGCCGUGGCGGCGGUGGAUGGCGCGGUGGCCGUGGCGGCGGUGGUGGCGGCGGCUCCGUCGGUGGUGCUAAUGCCCUUCCGCUUAACAACCGCCGGUGGUAAAGCACCACUUGAAGCGAAACAGCACAUAUCGAUUGACCUUCCUGGUCCAAUCCAUUGUCGCCAUGGUCAUUCCACACGACGAAUGGCCCAUUACAGCGACAAUCUCGACCUCGAACAUGAUCACGGCGUUUUAGUAGAGGAUACGGUCUAGAGGUUGGUUUAUUGCUUUCAGACGCUCACUGGUGUCUGUUUUCACCUUGACGCCUAGGUGGUAUGGGUGUGGCUUUGUUCUUUUUUUCUCGUAUUCCCUUAUUGUCAUGCUUUGCGGGUUACUAUUUUCACUGAGGUCAGCCGGGGUUCCAAAAUUUUCCUUUAUUUUUCCGGAAAGUCUCAUCUACAGGUCAUGUUGCACCACCACUGCACUUGCAGAUCAUCAAACCGUCCAGGUCAAGAUGGCCGGGUUUUAUACCCUUCACCAUAUCUCGUCAUGCCAUUGCUCUGUCAAGGCAUUAUGUGACUUAUGACGACGGCUUAUCAGUCGAGGUGUGAACAAGAGAUUUCAACUCUCUUGUUUCCCUAACAGGACGGGCGCAGGAAUCUCGCCUCUCAUCCUCGUUGAUUAGUGAUGAUCUUACCGCAGACUUGUGGUAGCAGUCGAUAGGUACUAUCCUCAGCUUUUUGUGUUGUACAUUAGGAAGAGGAUCCUUUUCAAAGCAUCACGGCUUGAAAGAUUUUUGAAGGAUCUGUCUAGUCACCAAGAGAGUCAGAGAUAAACACGCGCUUUGUUUGCGCCCUUGGGCGCUGCAAGACUACUGCUCACCAGCUGGGUGGGAUGUUACGGUAAUUGUCACCGAGAGAGGGUAGUAGAAAUGAACUGGGUAGGUCUCAAAGAAAGAUACCCUUUAUGCUUAGAUGGGAAAGAACAUUUACG